AUGACAGAAUUGAAACUAUCAGAGUUUGUGAAAGACACCUUGAGUCAGCUAUUUUUCACUCUUGAUGAUCGUGACCAGACAUUAGCCAAGGAGAGGAAAUGUCUGAUCCUGAAUGACCCAACAUUUCAGUAUUGGCUCUUCUCACUGUUUGGAGAAUGUCGAAGUCUUCUCCAAGCAGUCUGCUGUGAAAAUUUACCACAGAUUGAGAUCCCUAAAGCAAUAGAUAUCAUCUCCCAGUUUCAUAGGGUUAGUGAUACAGGCAUAGCUUACAUAGAUCUUUUGCUCACGGUCUCAAGAGUCUGCAAUAAAGAGAGUGAUGGCUCGCCUCCUGGGUUUUGGCGGGACCAGCGACAGCAGCGGGAGGGGUCGCGGGCCACCGCGGGCGGGGACAUCUCCCUGCACAACUUCAGCGCGAGGCUGUGGGAGCAGCUGGUGCACUUCCACGUCAUGCGGCUGACAGACUCGCUCUUCCUGUGGGUGGUCACGCCGCACCUGCACAACCUGGCCGUGGCCAUGUGCAGCCGCUACGACUCCAUCCCUGUGUCCACCUCUCUCCUCGGAGACACUUCGGACACGACCUCCACUCCUGCCCAGCAGCGCUUAUCCAGGAAGACCAACAAGCAGGUGUUUGUCAGCUAUAACCUACAAAAUACAGACAAUAACUUCGCAUUACUUGUAGAAAACAGGAUCAAGGGAGAAAUGGAGGCUUUUCCGGAAAAGUUCUAGCUGAGGCAGAAGUGAGGAUUUCUAACUUAUGUACAAUAUACAUUUAAAUACAUGAGUUGAAUUCCA